CAAUGAAGAAUACUCUUCAAAUUCUUGAUUAGCAGGGUGCUUCAACACCUUUGUUGGUGGGUUGAGACCUUUGUCAGUGGUAAUCUUUCAAUAGCAGCUACCCAUCUAUGCUGACCAAGAUUCCUAUAUUAUUUCUUACUAGAAACAAAACUCUCUGAGCCUAAAUAACUGUAUAUACUAUGAGAGCAGAAGUUCUGAAAACCAACUAGAGCUGAGUGCCUGGCCUGAAAAAGUAUGGAGCGGGAGGCAUUAAAAUGGGUGUCUCUGGGUUUAUACACCUGCUUUAUUCAAAUCAAAAAGCCUCACUCUAACCUGUUUUUACCAAAUGCAAAGAAUUGCAAGUAUGUAGAUCUACAGUAAUUGUGGGGACAGGGGAGUACAUACCUUUAAAAUGCAUGAAGUGGGGGAAAAGUUUCAAUACUUAUCUUCAUUAUCCCUUUAUCCUAAUAUUUGCUUUUUAGAGUUGAGUGUGCUUGACUCAAGCAGGAGUUAAUGGGCCUGUAAAGACACAGGAUUAAAUAUAGUAUGUGUAGAAGGGGUAGGUGAGAUUAUUUAUGUAUGUUCCAACAUGCUUUUUGUUUUACAGACAAUUCCCUGCCCUCCUCCCCCAAAAGAUUACAAUUUGAAGGCCAGAUUUGGAUGCCCUUAAAUGUAUGAAGUAAUAUUUUAAUGUCUCAAAGCAUUGUCUACGAAGGAGGUGAAAUGAUUUGCUUAAGGUCACCCAGCACAUCAAUGGCCGAGUAAAACCCGUGUUUCUGGGCAGUGCCCUCUCCAGUAGGCUAUGCUGCCUCUCCUGAACUGACCAAACUAGCACCCAUUUAGCAAACCAGCUUUAUCUAAAUUGACUUAUCCCACUUUGAUGCAGAAAAAAGGAUGUCCACACACAGGCUUGCACUAAAAUAACUUUUUAUGGGGUGUAAACUGGUUUAGCCCAAGCCUUAUUGGAUUUCUUUACUCUGAGAUUAGUUCUCUGCUCACAUUUCUGCAGUGGAAGUAUUCAAUGGCCUCAAUUUUGCAUGUGCUGCAAACCGUUCAUUACUCACGAAACUUUAGGAAAUGUUGCUUUGACUUUUAGGAUAAAAAAAUAAUUUGAUAUUAUACUCUGCUGAUGAAUUUCAAAAUUACAGUUAAAGCACAGAGUGGGAACGUGAAAAGCAGGCUUGGCCCAGAGCUGGGUGUAGAGGGGCAGGAUUUUCCCAUUUUCCCAUUUUGUGAGUUACAGGGAAACCAGUUUCAGACCAAGCAUUCUGCAUAGGGGACCGCCAGGAAACUGAAAGUAAGGAAAAACUAACAAGUGUCUCUCUGCCCCUGCUUUUAUAUUGAUCACAAAUGCAGGUGCCUUUGUGAUCAACACACACAUACACACACUUAAGUUUUCCAUUCUGGCUGGGUCACUUCCACUGACAUCUCAGUAACGGCACAGCCCACUUGCAUCAUAUUCCAAAUAAUAAAAAUAGUUUGUUUGUCCCUGGGAGUGCGGUUCUCCCCUUUCGCCCCUUCUCCACAACGCAUAUGGAUUUAUAGCACCAAGAGAAAAAGGUCUAGGAAUCUAUCCUGCCUCUCCCUCCGGCAACGCCCCUGAGCAAUGUAGCUGCACCGUGGUCUGGUAUUAACAAUGCGCCUUGGUUCUCGUUGGUACAAAUACAGACACCCGGUCCACGGGAGGAAUAAAAGUGUCGGACUCCAAUGUUAAUAGCAACACUACUUGCAACUGAUUCAAGUGAGAUGCAAAAGGAAUUCUGUUCUUAUACUACCCUGUACCACGUCAUUUCUGGCUGGAAGAGUUGAAGGGGGUGAUUUGGUUGCAGAUCUGCUUAUCAUCCCUUAGUGGACCCAUUCAAAACUCGGCCGUGGUUCUGGUACCCUGGGGCUAAAUCUUUGUACAGUGCGCUCCGGCCCGCUGCCCAACCUUGGACGCUCAAUCCAGUUUGUAAAUUUCCCCCCGGGCUGAUCGCAGUCUGUACUAGCCGCUGCCAGACUUGCUUCCUGGAAACGCUCCAACAGGAAGAGAAGUUGAAAACUGACACGUGGACUUUGUAUUGCAAAGAGACAAACUCCCCUCUGAAUCCCAAACCAGAUCAGCUCGGCUUUCGCAAAGUAACAGGCAGGGCUGCGGUGACAGGCAGGCAUUGCAUUCACUCCCUGUGAAUGAGCCUGGCUUUGCAUCUUUCCUUUAAGCAAGCACCUUCUAGGAGAGUAGGAAAUGUAACCCUGUUCUGGGGAUUUUUCCUGUCAUUGCUGUCUGCCCUUUUUGCAAUCACUCCAGCAUCCUUGCAAAAAGUGCCACAACCGCACGGUCUAUCCGUGUCAUUUUACUUAGUGAGUCGUCACCCUUUUGUAACAAAAAUAUUGAAUGGCUUCAAGUAUCGGUAGGAAUGGUGUUCAGGUGUAUAGUUCUGACCUGGUCUCGCUGCAUCAUCAUAGCCACCACUACCAUCAGCAGCAGCCUGUAAAGAAUACAUAUAAGGAAGGCACGAAAAAAGAUGGGACUGUGGAUUCCUAUUGGUCCAGGCCUGAAUCUCGAAUCUGGACUGUGAUGUUACUGCUUGGGACUUGUUUACUCUACUGUGCCAGGGUGACCAUGCCUAUCUGUGCUGUGGCCAUGAGCAGUCACUUCGACUGGGACAAGAAACAGUCCGGCAUUGUUUUGAGCAGCUUCUUCUGGGGCUACUGCUUAACUCAGAUCAUCGGCGGGCACCUCAGCGAUCGGAUCGGAGGAGAAAAAGUCCUCCUCCUCUCUGCAUCUGCCUGGGGUUUCAUCACCGCCAUCACUCCGCUGCUCACCUAUAUCAGUUCUGCCCACCUGAUUUUCAUGACAAUAGCUCGAUUCCUCAUGGGACUACUGCAAGGAGUGUACUUCCCUGCCUUGGCCAGCCUCUUUUCUCAGAAGGUCCGUGAGAGUGAGCGAGCUUUCACGUGCAGCACAGUAGGGACUGGCUCUCAGUUUGGGACGCUGGUGAUUGGUGGGGCAGGGUCCCUCCUUCUGGACUGGUAUGGCUGGGAAAGUGUCUUCUAUUUCUCUGGAUUACUCACUUUGCUCUGGGUUUACUGCAUGUGCAAAUACCUCCUGAAUGACAAAGAACUCAUCAUUUGCUUAGAACAUUUAGCAAAGGGCCUCUCGUUAUCCAAACAGACCAAAGUUCCCUGGAAGCAGUUAUUUAAAAAGGCCCCUAUCUGGGCUGUCAUAGUAGCUCAGCUUUCUUCGAGCAGCACAUUUUUCACCCUCCUCUCCUGGUUGCCAACUUUCUUUAAGGACACUUUUCCCGAGUCUAAGGGCUGGGUGUUUAACGUCGUGCCAUGGCUGGUUGCAAUCCCAACAAGUUUGUUUAGUGGAUUUCUGUCUGAUCACCUGAUCAAUCAGGGCUAUAAAACGAUCACCGUUCGUAAGUUCAUGCAGGUCAUCGGAUCAGGCGUCUCAAGCAUUUUUGCCUUGUGCAUGGGUCAGACAUCCAGUUUUUGCAAAGCUAUAGUAUUUGCAUCUGUCUCAAUUGGACUUCAGACCUUUAACCACAGUGGCAUUUCAGUCAACGUACAGGAUCUGGCUCCCUCGUGUGCUGGCUUGUUGUUUGGCAUUGGAAAUACAGGUGGAGCCCUAUUAGGUGUCGUUUGUGUGUAUUUAGCCGGUCAUCUGAUUGAAACCACUGGUUCUUGGGUUUCUGUUUUCAACCUUGUGGCUACAGUUAAUGCCCUGGGGCUCUGUACAUUCCUGAUCUUUGGAGAGGCCCGAAGGAUGGACACAGACUCUGCAUACAUAGAUCUAUAGUCGCUGUAAAGAUGAGUUCAGCAAAUGAAAUCUGUUGAAGGGUUUAGGACUGUAAUUUCUAUUGAUAGCUGUUGUGCAAAUGGUUGUUUGCAGAAGAGAUUAUUAUUAUUUUGUAGAAUUUAAAUAGAAAAAAAAUCUAUUGAGAGAAUAUUACGGGCCUGAACUAAACCCAGAGGAGGGAGGAAAUCCAGAGUUAAAACUUUGCUCAGGAAUGGCUGAUGAGUUAUAGAGCCUUUCAGCUCUAGGUCACCAGUUUGAAUUUGUAGCAGAGGGGUAGCCGUGUUAGUCUAGAUCUGUAAAAGCGGCAAAGAGUCCUGUGGCACCUUAUAGACUA